CGGAACGGAAAAGAACGUGGAGGGAGCUCUGAUCACAAUUAAAUUUUAUUUUAAACAUUCUUGAGACCAUACAUUUGCAAUGAAAUUGUUUUGCCAAGUUUUGUCAAUGGCGGCGUUGUUUGCUGUGGUCUCAUCAGCGGCUUUGGAGAAAGGCGAACGAGAGGAGGCACUUCAUUUCGGAUUCCACACAGAAAAUGGUCAGCACAGGGAUGAGGCUAUAACAUACACCGUAAGACCGGAAACGGGUAAGGACCCGAAGGAAUUGACAACCCAAAAGCCAGUGGAAUAUAAAGGUGGCUACAGCUUCAUCUCGGCCGACGGAUAUGAGUACCAGGUCCUCUAUAAGGCCAACAAAAACGGUUUCCAGCCCUAUGUGACAGCCCACAAAAUCAAACCGGAUAAGAGUUAAGCAAAAUGUAUUUCUUUGU